AUGAAGGAUCGUGAUUUGCACCACACGCUCCUGUACUGUCGGUGGUAUCGAGGCGCCAGCGCUAAUCCUCCUGGUUUCUGGUUCCAGAGCUCAUGUCUGACGGAACGUGAUCGUCCUCUCAGAGGGUCUCUCCGUUCUUCAAGGCGAAGAGGCCAUCAAACCGCUAGGGAGCUAUUCUCAGAGGAUCCAGUGGAGGACCCUGAGAGUUUUGACGCCGGUUUAGACGAAUCUGAGGCUCCCGAGAUUCGAGUUCCUUCUCUUGGUCCCUCGUUGGAUGCCCCUGGUGAACCAAGAGAAUCUGAACACCCAAGACCGGCCCAGAGUCCAAGAGUUGGACAGAUGGGGGCUCCUCUUCUGUCUCCAAGUAGCUCGCUUCUCUCUAAAUGUCAGCGGGAGACCGCAGCCGAAAGUUCUCGAGCAGAGGCGGCCAAGAAGGUCCGUCGCGACGAGACCGUCGAGACCACUCGAUCGGCUGAAGGCCAGGAUAAUGUUUCCCAGACAAGCGUCCCUGGAGCGGCGACGUCUGGGUCUGGAGCUGUGUUGCCCGCCUCUUCUGCCGCAUCGGGGGCAGUUCCAGCGACUUCGAAGGACGCUCCUCCGCAAUCUGUCGUGAGCCCACAGACGGGAGUUCCAGCGACUUCUGUGUCCGCAUCAAGAGGUGCGGUUGAGAAAGUGAUCUCCAUUCCUUCCAACAAAGAGGAGGAAGCUGGAGAUGACGAGGGGACCACAGGCUCAGUUGAUCGUGCCCCCAAAAUUGCUGGCAAGGAGGAUCCUCUUUCUUGGGCGGGUCGCUCGUCUGGGGAGACGGGUGAAUCUGAGGAGGAUGACAACGUCUCGAUUCAUGAGACGUUAUCCAGUGAGGAAGAGGUGUUGGCUCGUGAGGAUGCGCCCGGCCAAAUAGGGGGAUCUCCUGCUCUUGCGGAAGCGUCGGCUGGGGAUCUUCCAUCAGCGCAAGAGUCUCCGCUUCAAAGGGAGACUUCUACUCCGCAAGUGACCACUUCCUUCCACUGCUCCGAGGGCGUCAUUGGCGCUUCAACUGGAAUUUCAUCCACGGUGGAGGAGGCUGCCCUCUCUCCCUUGGAGCAUGAGCGAAGAAGGAGUGCGGUACGAUCUGUGGCUGAUUUCCAAGACACUCUAGCCGGCUGGAUCAAGAUCGCUUUGGAGGAGAGUUGUCCCUUUGAGUGCUUCUUAAUCAAGAGGCUUGGCCACACUGCGGCGAAGCCCUACUUCCAGCGUAAGGAGGAAGUGAAGGAAGCUGUUCAAUGGUUGCUUGCUCUUCGCGCGAAGAGUUCCACUCUUGUGGAUCUCGCAACCGGCGAAGUCCGAGCAGCGGUUGAAGAACGCGAUCGCCAUCUGAACGAGACCUUGUCACUGGAGGCAAGAUUGUCAGCAGAGUUGGAGCAGGCCAAGGCUGAGGACGAACGAAUGGCCUUCGAGCAACAGAAGGCCGAUAAUCGCAUUUCUCGCUUGUCUUUGGAGGUAGAGAAUCUGAAGCAGGUUAUAGCUAAGGCGCAAGCCUCAUUAGCCAUUCAAGAGAAGGCUCGUGAACAGGCGGCCAAGGAGUUGGAAAGCAUUGAAUCUCGUCGGCAACUGACGGCUAAUUCCGUCGAGGAAAAGGAUCGAGCCCAUAGGGAGGUCAAAGAGACCGUCCAAGACUUGGCCUCGCACACUGAGGAAGAUCUUCGCCAAGAAAUCCUGCGGAGGCUAGAGCUUCGUCAUGCUAGGGAGAUUCGUGAGGCGGAACUGCGGUUGAAAGCCUUGUAG